CAGACACCAAAAAGCUGAGUGUAGUAAUUUCCUUUAUCUAACCCCACCUUAUCAUGUCAAAUUCUCUACCAUAAUAUUCACAUGUUCCUUCCACUUGUCUCCUUUUUCUUCUUCUUCUCUUCUAAAUAACUUCUCCAGCUACCAUAAAAUAGCUCAUAAUCCUUCAUUUCAGUUUCUAUCAAUUUUGAAGAAUUUUUAGGGAUUUUCUCGUCGGAAAACAUGUCAAAUUCGUGUGACGCCGGUCGGAGGACUAGAAACGGCAAGGCGCCGGAGAGAUCGAGUUUCGUUCAGACUUGUAACUUGUUGAGUCAGUUUAUUAAAGGGAAAGCUACUAUUAGAGAUCUGAAUCUCGGAAUCGCCGGCCAAUCGGGAUUUGCAGGGAAAACUGAAACUGCAACUAUGGAUUUGUUAACCGUCAUGGAAAAGCCAUCUAUUGAUCUAACAAAAGAACAAGAACACAAAUUGGUAGAUCUUGUUACAACAGAGUUUUCUAGAGAGAAGGAGACCACCGGAAAUGAGCCCAGCACGAGCAAAGAGGCACCUAAGGAACCCAAGGCAGCCCAAUUGACUAUGUUUUAUGAUGGUAAAGUGAUCGUUUUUGAUGAUUUCCCAGCUGACAAAGCUAGAGCAGUGAUGUUAUUGGCUAGUAAAGGAUGUCCUCAGAGCUCAUUUGGCACUUUCCAGACUACAAACAUCGACAAAUUUAACACAUGUGCUGCUGCCCCUGCUUCUUUGACAAGUAAGAAGACUGAUUCUGUGGCACCAAGCCAACAGCACCUGCAGAUUAAGCCAGGCUCUAGAUCUGCUGCACCGCAACAGCACCAGCACCAGCAGCCACUCCAUGUUUCUAGUAGUACUAAAACUGAUCAGCUUAAGCCCGGAUCAAUUUCUUCAGCACCCCUAAAAGAGCAAGAGCAACACAAGCAAAUCCAGUCACAGGCUGCCGGAACUAGCGGUAGCUCCGAGCUACCUAUUGCAAGAAGAUCUUCACUACAUCGGUUUCUUGAGAAGAGGAAAGAUAGGGCAAUUCUUAGAGCGCCAUAUCAGGUUGUACAUAACAAUCCAUUACCAUCGUCUUCAAAUAAUAAUGGUGAAUCAUCCUCCAAGGAUAGCGCAGAUCAGCUUGAUCUCAAUUUCAAGUUAUAGCCAAAACUUCACUUUCGUUGUUGCAAUUCCACAAGCUCUUUUUGGUUGACUAUUGUAUAAGAUAGUAAUACUAAAUAUAUAUUUAGAUCAGUGAUUUGAAGAAUUAUUUUUCCAGCACA